AUGGCCAACCGCAUACAGGAUCCCGACCUUCGACGACGAGUCGAAGAGUAUAGAAAUUUUGCCAAGAACAGCAGCAACCAUCUCCUGCCAAAGGGCAGACGUCACCCUUGGGAUGGCGGUGACCAAAGCUGCAAUAUAUGGAUCAACAUGUCCUCCUCUCCAGAAGCCGCCAGUCAAAUCCUCCAACACACCGAUGCGUACGACCUCUACCUGAGAUCUAAAGGGUCUCAUCAGCACAGGCGCUUGAUUGUGCUUGAGGGCAUGGAACCGGACCUUGUCGGACUGAUCGGAGCGGAUCUUUUCAUACCCCCAUCAUUCUUUUUGGCCCACUGCGACGAAUGGACCGAUCUCAACAUCCUGGAUUACACGCGGGCAAAACAGAGUGCCUUGCGGUACUGGAAAGUACCGAUUCCUCAAAGUCGUAAUCUACCUGAGAACUUCAAAGGACCUACUGGCAACUAUGACGUUGUGAUUGGUAAAGGCAACAGUGGAUUCAAUCGAUCAUCCAUACACGUGUCGAAGGGAGACAAAAGUGUCAACUUCAGGAGUUUUAUUUCUUUCUGGAGUCAGCAGAUUGGUGAAGAUUCCUGGACAGCCGUCGUACUCACCGAUCCUUCAGAAGCGCGGAUUGUACAUCAGGAAACUAGACAAACCUAUGAGCUCAAAGAGUACUCCUCCGACCGCGAGGUAUUAUCAGAGGUCGCGGUCAAUCCAUUCGAUAAAACGUCACAGCUGAGCUGGGCAACUUCUACCCCGGUUUACAGGAGAUCAUGCCGCGAGGUGAUCAGAGAAAUGUAUACACAAGACUCAUCGAGCAGGGGUCUGUCUCAAACAAUGAGCUUUCCAUUUCCGUCCAUCAAAGAUCCAUUCUCCGCAACGAUAUACGUCCGCCACUUGGUACGCUCUUUAUGGGAAGAGUGGAUCAGCCGAAAUCUUGCAUCAAUCCACGAGAAUGAGCUCGCCGAUCUGAAGGAACACAAAGGACCGAGGGCAUUCGAGCACCACGGAGGGAAAAGCCAUCGGGCUCUCAAAGACUACCAAAAGCUGGUAGAUCUGUGUCACCGCGUCAGACUCGACAAGAAGGCGGUGAGGAGCAUCAGCUGGGCCUUCCGAAAUGAGGAUAGUAAAAACGAUCAAGAGGGCAUAGAGGAGGACAAAAGAGUUUGGAGCUUCCUCGAGGAGAGACUCAACCUUCUCGAAGAACAGAUUGGUGAAUGGAUGAACAUGUUCGCUCAGCGCGCGGCUUUGGAGGAAGCUCUUGAAGCGAACAGGCAAGCGCGUAGUGCUGGUCAGCUCACGAAACUUGCCACUGCUGCUGUUCCAUGCAGUAUUGUUGCAGCCGUGUUCUCUAUGGGAGGUGAGUUUGCAGCUGGCGAACGUCUAUUCUUUGUGUUUUGGACUAUCACUCUGCCGGUUACAUUCAUUUUGCUUCUCUGGGUACUUCAGGGGGACAUCAAAGCCUGGUGGAAGAGGCGCCAUCCAGACCCGAAAGGACGGGAGAUAAAGAGGGCUUGGUCGAUUUUGGGAUGGCAAAUUUCAUUCAAUGUGGCCGCUCAGCCUGAUGAGGAGAAGGCAGAAUGGUGA